AUGUCAAACUCCUGUAUAACGAUAUGCCAGGCUUUCCAAGAAUCGAUUGGAGUUCCCCCAGUGAGUUUUUUACCAACCUGUGCCAUACGUGCACGCGUAAAAGGCCGAAUCCUGGCGGCCGCACUGACGCCCAAUCACGUUUUUGACGUCGGCUUACUUUCACUUAUACUGCUUUCUUGGAAGUCCCCGCUGGCGCACGCAAAGAAAUGCAGGGUUGUCGCCUUAGCAGUGGAAGAAAUGUUUGACACGUGGAUUAUGACACAAGCGUGUUUGUAUUGUGCUGGGAUUACUAAGAAGCUCAGUAGGUUCGAGGUGAGAGUUACACAGUGGAGACCAUACAUGCACCUGACCGGCAGCUCGCUGUGUGGAUAGCAGAACCUGGCUAUACCUCCGGGCCGGCAACCCUUCACCACCCACGCACUUCCAUGGAAUGUACCCACAACACACCCCGGAACAAGCGGGAAACUACGGUGGCUAGCCGGCAGGGAAUGACAACUGCGGGCCUGCACAGGACCACGGAGUUCGAUCUGCAGAGACUAAGCAGAGCGGUACAUUUGCUGGAGACGUGCGGAUGGUACUGGGGCUCCAUGACGGGCGAUGAGGCAAAGAAAUUACUCCGGCGGAAAGAAGUGGGGACUUUUUUGCUUCGCGAUAGUAGUGACUCUGCCUACUUGUUCUGUAUCAGCGUAAGGACCGCCAGAGGCACAACAAGUGUUCGGAUCGACUACACUCCGGAAGGGAACUUUCGGCUGGACUCGGACGGUAGUUCGCCUGAAUAUGACUGUAUAAUAAAGCUUGUCCACCACUAUAUGAAGGACUCGAAUGCGGAAAAACCCAAACAUUACUGGCUCGAGCCCACCGGAAGAAGGGCGAUCGCUGUGAAAUUUUCCCGGCCACUUUUCGGGAAGGUGCCCGACCUUCAGCACUUGUGUCGGACGGUGAUCAACAAACACACCCCCGAGGACCGUGUCACACAGCUGCCCUUACCGGAACGACUCAAAAAGUAUCUCAAGGACUAUCCUUACGGACAAUGAGAAAUAUUUAUUAACAUUUGAAUUUCAGAGCUUAACUUCAGACAGUGAAAUGAUACAUAGGGUUUGAACGUCUACACGUUCUCGCGAAUUUUGCUGCUAAUACAUUAACACAGUGAUGUUGUACUUUAUUUUCGACAUAAUAGUUUUGCCGGCAAAGUUUCAUAAACAAAAUUCCUGCUGUGAAUAUCGCUUCAAAUUUCGGUAACUUAGUGUAGUGAGCUUUGGAACACUCAAAAUUGAUUUAAUAGAUAUACGGAAGCCUGAUAGAACUUAUCUUCACCGCUGCAAUAGAUACUUUCAUUUUCUCUCUUAAACGGCAAAUAAAAUGACGUCGCUGUGAAAACAUCGGCAUCUUUGUACUGCAUUUCGUUGCUAUACACACUAGCUAUGGUGAGCGGGAAAUGUGAUCAAU